AAAAACAGGCAUACGCCUAAAAAACUUGCAGAGAUAGAAAAAGGAGAGAAGAGGGUGGAUUAAAGAUUCUUUCAUCCGUCUCCACCUCUUCCUUUUUCUAUCUGUUUUCUUCUACCUUAAUCUCUCUUCCUUCUUUGCUUCCCCUUAGCAAAGCAGAGAAGGGAGAACUUUAAUAUUGGGUGCAUUCUUACACAUACACCGGCUAUAGAUCGAGACAAAUAAUUGUACGUAUUUGUUAAUUUUGAAGCAUUUGUUGUUGGUGGGUUGUUCAGGAUAAAGAAAGAAAGUGAAAAUGUUGGUUGCACACAGUUUUGAUUUAUGGCAGAAGGAUAUCUUCUUUUCUGCAGCGGAGGAGGUCCAACAAUCUGCUGAUAUAAUGGAAUCUGCUUACAGAACAUGGCUCAGAGCAAGGAAAGAAGGGGUGACAGGUCCGAAUUUAGAUGAACUUAGUAGAGAGCUUCAAAUGGCUUUAGGCACUGCAAAAUGGCAGUUGGAAGAGUUUGAAAGGGCUGUUAGGUUGAGUUACAGAAAUCAUGCCGAUGAAGUUACAAAGACCAGACACAGGCAAUUUGUUUCUGUUAUAAAAGAUCAGAUUUUCCGUGUCGAAGCAGCACAAAAAGAAUCAUAUACUGUGGAUAGAAACCAACUUUUUAGCUGGGUAAACUUGAAUGAAGAAGAACGUGAUGACUUAGCUUUGUUUCUUUCUGGAACUCCCGAUACCCCACGUACAGAGCUUGGAGAACCAGCAACUGGCCCCUUUAAAGAGAAAAACAAUACUAGAAAAGACGUCAGUCUAGAUUCUAAAGUUGGUUCCAAGACACAAAUUCCAAUUAAGACAAAGGGUUUUGAAGAAAUUGUCACUAGUAAUGUGGAAGCCAAAUGCUUCAUAGAGGCAGAAGAGAAAGAAAUUCCUGAGACAAGGGAUGAACCUAGUUCUCGUAGGGUACGUAAUUUACCAGGUGUGAGUGCUUUGGAGAUUGUAAUUGAUAAUGACAAUGAAGAGAGGAAUGCAUUGGUUGAAGCAUCACCCAAAGAGAGGGGAUCCAAACCUUGUUAUUGGAGAUCAAGGUGUGAAGACCAUCCUCAAGCAAAGGGAGGAGUGCUAACUUACACCCAACUGAAGAUAUUCAAUUUCAACAAUCAGCUGUUCAAACGAACUCCAAGGAAUCAGAGGCAACAACAAAUUUCACCAACAUUGCCUGUCCAUUCCAUUCGACUCAUACUUGUUUUGAUGCUAACCCUUUUCUUAGCUGUGCCUUUCCUGUUCUAUUCAGCUUAGGUUCGAGUUAAAGAUUCUGUUAGUGAACAAAUGGAAAGGUUGUGAAUUCGUGUUGAUGAUGGAGGAGACUUCUGAGAUGGGGUCUUCUUUGCUUGAAGUUUUUGAAUAUUUCUUCGGGUGAAGUGAUUUCACAGUAAGCUCAAGUAACCCAUCUCAUUCAACAGCAUGACAUUUUCUUCAAACUAAAUGUAUAUGCAUUCGUUAGAUGGAACGCCAUCUUCCAAAAACAAACAUAUCGUCGAAUACACCAAUCAAUGUAACUUCCUAUAAAACAUGAAUUUACAAGAGAACCUCAGACGUCGCAUGUUUAAUGUCUUACACUUAGCCUUCUCCUAUGUCGUGUUUAUUUAACGAAUGUUUUUCCCCAUAGAUUCGUGCUC